AUGGCUCCCUCCGUCGACUCCGUCGCUCUCGUAGGAAUCAACGGCUUCGGUCGAAUCGGUCAGUCCCCGUUGCCUAGCGGCCCUCUCCUCUUUGCUGACGGCCGCCUCCGAGCUUGCGCGCGCGCUCAAGGCUGAGCGCUGAACGACAUGUACAUCGGCGCCAAACGACCAUUUAGGUCUGACGCUGACUGAGCUCUCGGGUUCUUGGGUUCCCGAAACAGGUCGAGCUGCUUUCCGUGCUUCGCUCGCUCGUGAUGAUCUCAAAGUUGGUAAGCUACUACACGUAUCCCUUUCGUCGCAAGCGGGAGAGCGGGAACCGCUUUCCGUUCCCGUGACCCCCGUACCCGUGCCGCCGAAUCCCGGGCCGUCUCCGAGAAAUUCUGCGCGUCCCCUCGCAUCCAUUCGCUAACCUCAAAUCAUGACCCGCUCUCUCCCCCUCCCAAAAGUCGCCAUCAACCACACGGCCCCUACCCUCUCUUACCUCAUCCACGUCAUCCGCUACGACUCGACCCACGGUACUUCGCCCUACGCGAACGAAUUCAGCAUCACCGAAUCCGGCGACCUCAAGUUCCUCGAUCGAACGAUCAAGCUCUUCUCCGAGCGCGAUCCCGAACAAUUGGAGUGGGCUUUGGCGGGGGUCGAAUACGUCUUGGAGGCGACGGGCAAGAUGACGACCGUCGAGGCGGCGAGUAGGCACUGCAAACCCGGUAAAGGGGCCAAGAAGGUCGUCAUUUCUUCGCCGAGCAAGUGAGUCGUCGGAGCUUCAUUUCGAGCGGUAGCUUUUCGGGUGGGCUGAUGGAGAAACUUUGUGUGCGCAGGGACGCCAAGACUAUAGUUGUCGGUGUCAACAGGAGGGAAUAUGAUCCUUCGAUGCAAGUCGUCUCCAAUGCCAGUUGCACCGUCAGUUCCUUUUCGUCGAUCCGAAAAUCCCAAUCCUCACAUUUUGACUCAAGGGUUGUCUCCCUCUUCAGACCAACUGCCUCGCCCCCUUGGCAAAAGUUCUGCAACGUUGUUUCGGUAUCGAAUACGGCAUGAUGACGACCGUGCACGCCUCGACCUCUUCGCAACACAUCCUCGACGGUUACUCUAAGAAGAACCGUCGUCUCGGUCGAGGCGUCGGUUCGAACAUCAUCCCGACCACGACCGGAGCCGCUACGGCGGUCCAACUCGUCCUACCCGAAUUGACGGGCAAGUUCACCGGUAUUUCGGUUCGCGUACCGGUCAACAACGUGUCGAUGGUCGAUUUGACGGUCACGCUUUCGACGCCCGUCGCGAGCGUAGAGGAAUUGUUGAAACCUUUGAGGGAGGCCGCCGCAGGUCGUUAUGGGUCCAGUUUGGGAAGUUUGACGACUGUCAUUUGCGUUAACGAUGACGAGUUGGUCUCGUCGGAUUUCUUGGGGUACCAGCAGAGUGAGUCGUCGUCUUGGAGAGUCGAGAAGAAACUUGAGGACUGACCUCACGCGUGCUGCUUUUGUUCGUGCUAUAGGUUGCAUCGUCGAUUCGCACGCCACGGUUCAGUUGAACCCUACGACCUUCAAGAUCAUCGCAUGGUAAGCCCAGAGAAGAUCUCCUGCCCAUCCGCUCGGAGAAGGACACAUCCCUGACCCUCUCGCCUCCCGCGCUUCUCCAGGUACGACAACGAAUACGCCUACUCCGUCCGAUGCCUCGAUUUGAUUCGCUACAUGUUCGAAGUCGACCAUGGUCUCCGAGGUGGAGCGACCCCGACGCCGAGUCGACCGAUCUCCCCCGUUCAAGGCGCGGCUCAUACUAUCGACGCUUUCACGGCGGAUAAGGCCGCGAGGGUCGCGCAGAGGGUGCAGGGGCAAUUCAUGCUGGUUUGA